AAGCUCCGCCCGGUUCCCGGUGCCCGCAGCCUGCCGGCGGGCUCCCGCUCGCCCAGACUAUGAGGAGAGGGGCCGGCCGGGGGGCGGCGGCGGCGGUCCCGGUGCGGCGGGAGCGGGUGCGGGGGAACCGCCGCCACCGGCCGGGUCAUGCCCGUGCGCCCGGGGCGGCGGGGCUGCUGGCUGCGGCGGGAUGGGCGCGCUCCGGACCGGCGCCCGAGCCUUCCUCCUCCUCCUCCUCGGCUGCCUCCCGUCCCGGCGUGGCCCGCUCAGGCUGGUCUCAGGGAGGGAGGAGAUCAAAUCCCACUCCCGCAGCGCACCCCAGCCCAUGUCACCCUCUGAUUUCCUGGACAAGCUCAUGGGACGAACGUCAGGGUACGAUGCCCGGAUCCGACCCAACUUCAAAGGUCCGCCCGUCAACGUGACGUGCAACAUCUUCAUCAACAGCUUCGGCUCCGUCACCGAGACGACCAUGGACUACCGUGUGAACGUCUUCCUGCGGCAGCAGUGGAACGACCCCCGGCUGGCUUACCGGGAGUACCCCGACGACUCGCUCGACCUCGACCCCUCCAUGCUCGACUCCAUCUGGAAGCCGGAUUUGUUCUUUGCCAAUGAGAAAGGGGCCAACUUCCACGAGGUCACCACUGACAACAAACUGCUGCGCAUAUUCAAGAACGGCAACGUGCUCUACAGCAUCAGGCUGACACUGAUCCUGUCCUGCCCUAUGGAUCUCAAGAACUUCCCCAUGGACAUCCAAACGUGCACGAUGCAGCUGGAGAGUUUUGGCUACACCAUGAACGACCUCAUCUUUGAGUGGCUGGAGGAGCAGGAGGCUGUGCAGGUGGCAGAGGGCUUGACACUGCCGCAGUUCAUCCUCAGGGAUGAGAAGGACCUGGGCUACUGCACCAAGUACUACAACACAGGCAAGUUCACCUGCAUUGAGGUGAAGUUCCACUUGGAGCGGCAGAUGGGCUAUUACCUGAUCCAGAUGUACAUCCCCAGCCUGCUCAUCGUCAUCCUCUCCUGGGUCUCCUUCUGGAUCAACAUGGACGCAGCGCCGGCGCGGGUGGGCUUGGGCAUCACCACUGUGCUCACCAUGACCACUCAGAGCGCCGGCUCCCGUGCCUCUCUGCCCAAGGUCUCCUAUGUGAAGGCCAUUGACAUCUGGAUGGCCGUCUGUCUGCUCUUUGUUUUUGCUGCUUUGCUGGAAUACGCCGCCGUCAACUUUGUCUCUCGGCAGCACAAGGAGUUCAUGCGCCUGCGGCGGCGGCAGCGGAGGCAGAGGAUGGAGGAAGAGCUCAUCCGUGAGAGCCGCCUCUACUUCCGAGGCUACGGGCUGGGCCACUGCCUGCAGGCAAAGGAGGGGGCUGGGGAGGGUCCUGGAAUCUACAGCCCCCCCCCGCCCAGUGCACUGCUGCGGGAAGGGGAAACCCUGCACAAGCGUUACGUCGACCGUGCCAAGCGCAUCGACACCAUCUCCCGAGCCGUCUUCCCCUUCACCUUCCUGGUCUUCAAUAUCUUCUAUUGGGUUGUGUACAAAGUGCUGCGCUCAGAGGACAUCCACCCGGUGCCCUGAGGCCCCCAGAAGGCCCGAGGACCUCUUGGCUGGAUGCUGCCGUGUGCCUGGAGGCUGUGAGCCGGUGUCAGACUGCUGUGUCACCGAGCCACGGACAGCAGUGAGCCGGGCAAGGGGCUGUGCUCCUCUCUGCCUGCACAGCCCACAGCUCCGUGGUGGGAGAUGGUGGGCAGCCCCAGCCUUGCUGACCCCAUCCCCUGGCUUCUCCCUCAGCCCCAGGCGUAGUGUCCCUGGGUGGGCCCAGUCCAUCUGCUCCUCCACCAGAGAGGAGAGCAUCCGAACCCUCGAUUUAAAAACUCAGCAAGGCUUCCAGACCUCCAGACCUGGAUAUCCUCCAUGCUUAGCAGGAAAUAAAAGCAGUAGGUGAUGCUGUCGUAGGUCCUACAGAGAGAAACGUGUUGAUGCUCUCUUUUCCCCCACUCACAGCAAGCCCAGGUGGGGCACACGUCUUAGUGGGGUGCUUUGCUGCAGCCCCACAGGUUCUGUGGGCAGGAUAGAGAUGGGAUUUGUCCUUUUCCUCGGCAGCCUUGGGACCAGCAUGGCACAGCAAGGUGCCAGGCACCAUGGCAGGGGACACAAAUGGCAUUGCAGCCAGGGCAGACGUCCCACCCUCAGCCCCCAGCCUCCCUCCCUGCUCCUCAAGCAGGAAUUGCCCUCUCCCUCUCCCCAGUAACCAGGAGCCCCCAGCACCCACUUUCUCAGCCCCUGCUGAGCUACACGCAACUCAUUUCACAGAUGGGGCAAGCAGAGGAAAAGCAUCCCCAGGAGACAUCAGGUGUCCCACCAGGAUGGGUGAAGAUGGUUCCAUCCCAUUGCCAUGCCACUGUACUGGCCUGGGGACAGCCUCCAGAGAUUUGUUUUUUGGGGGAAGCCCAUUUGGAGGCACAGGUCUGCACUGCCCACCCACAGACCCACGCAGAGAGGUGCUGGCACCCACAGGCACACAGUGGCCAAUGAAACCUCCAGCAACGGUGGGUUUUUAAACAGCAUUGAUCUUCCUACACAAAUAAAGUCUGUCUGGGAUUUUCA